AUGGACGAAAAUUUUAUAAAAAUAUCUAUUUCUUCCGAUUCAGGUUUACAUGAGAACAAUAGUCAUUUGUCAAAAUUUCCAUCACUAUGUUCAUCAUUGACAUCCGACAAAACACAUGAAGUUACAAAUGGAUUAGAACAUAAAAGUUUUUGGCAUGAUGAUUUUAAUUUUUCACGAUUUUCAACAAUGGCUCGUUGGCAAUCAGAAACUGGAAAUCUAAACCUUCAUUCGAAUUCUUCUAAUCAAGAAAUACCUUCUACCACGAAUGAUCUUUUUGCAAAGAAAAAUAUUCCUUCAACAUCAUUUAUUGAUGUGUUGAUUUCACCGAUGUCACGCUUAUCGACAUCAUCAUCACUUAUGUCGUUUAAUAGUCUUGGCAAUAAUAAGACAUCAGAACAGUUAUUGUGUCGAUCAACAAUAACCAAUUCAACAGACCAAUUAAUCGUACCAAAUGAAAAUGUUAAUCUUUUGUCUUCGGCGGCAUCGUUUCUACCAUUACCAGGACCAUUAUCACAUCGUCAAACACUUUCUACUAUCGAUAAUAUUCCAU